AUGGCGGCGUCCUCUAGCGGCCUGGGUGGCUUUUCCGGGAUGGGGCUGGAUGCCGGGGACUUCCUGGCCAGGUACCGGCAGGUAUCGAACAAGCUGAAGAAGCGGUUCCUGCGGAAGCCGAACGUGGCGGAGGCCGGCGAGCAGUUCGCCCAGCUGGGCCGCGAGCUGCGCGCCCAGGAGUGCCUGCCCUACGCGGCCUGGUGCCAGCUGGCGGUGGCGCGGUGCCACCAGGAGCUCUUCCACGGGCCGGGGGAGGCCCUGGCGCUCACCGAGGCCGCCCGCCUCUUCCUGCAGCAGGAGCUCGACGCCCGCCAGCGCCUCGCCUGCCCCGCCGCCGCCGGGGAGCCCCUGCAGGCGGCCGCCAGCGCCCUGGGCGCCGCCGUGCGCCUGCACCUCGAGCUGGGCCAGCCGAUCGCCGCCGCCGCGCUGUGCCUGGAGCUGGCCGCCGCCCUGCGCGCCCUGGGCCAGCCGGCCGCCGCCGCCGGCCACUUCCAGCGCGCCGCCCAGCUGCAGCUGUCGCCGCUGCCCCUGGCCGCGCUGCAGGCGCUCGGCGACGCCGCCUCCUGCCAGCUGCUGGCCCGAGACCACAACGCCGCCCUGGCCACCUUCACGCGCAUGCAGCGCCUGGCGCAGGAGCACGGCAGCCACCCGCUGCAGCCGCCGCCCCCGCCGCAGCCGCCGACGCACCCCCUGAUGCAGCCUCAGCCUCAGGGGCCCCACCUCAGACCCAACGCGGUCCCAGCCCUGUCCACCUCGCAGCGCCCUGCGAAUGCCGGCUUUGCGGCCGCGCCCUCUGGUGCCCUGCUGGGCGCCUUCGCGGACAUCGCGGUCCGCUGCGAGGUGUCCCGCGUGCUGCUGCUGCUGCUCCUGCAGCCGCCGCCCGCCAAGCUGCUCCCCGAGCACGCCCACACGCUGGAGAAGUACUCCUGGGAGGCGUUUGACAGCCAGGGCCAGGAGGGCAGCGGCCAGCUCCCCGAAGACCUCUUCCUGCUGCUGCAGUCCCUGGUCAUGGCCGCCCACGAGAAGGACACGGAGGCCGUCAAGGCGCUGCAGGUGGAGCUGUGGCCGCUGCUAAGCGCCGAGCAGAACCACCUGCUGCACCUGGUGCUGCAGGAAACCAUCUCCCCCUCCGGACAGGGGGUCGGAUGA